ACUAGCAUUAGACGAGGCACAUAUGUAAAAUACUUCUCUUCUAAAAACAUCCGAAUCUUUUGCGGACUCCCCAAAUAUUAAACUCUCUCACGUCACACCUUCUCCAUACGGCGUCGCACCGCCUUAGAACAUAGACGACCACCACCGCGACCAUCCUCUCUCUCUUUCUCUCGGUGUUGAAGCAAAAACAGGCAGCUUUCUCUCCGACGAAUACUCCCCCGGCGACGACAUGGUUCUGUCACAGAGGCUUCACGAGGCCUUCAAAGGCACGGUCGAGAAGAUCACAGGCCCCCGCACCGUCUCCGCUUUCAAAGAGAAAGGCGUUCUCAGCGUCUCCGAGUUCGUCACCGCCGGCGAUAACCUCGUCUCCAAGUGCCCUACCUGGUCCUGGGAAUCAGGGGAGCCGAGCAAGAGGAAGCCAUACCUACCGUCUGAGAAGCAGUAUUUGAUUACUAGAAAUGUCCCUUGUUUACGGAGGGCUGCUAGUGUGGAAGAGGAGUAUGAGGCUGCAGGCAUGGAAGUUCUUAUCGAUAAUGAAGAUAAUGAUGGCUGGUUGGCAACACACGGGAAGCCAAAGGAGCCAAAGGAUAGAAGUAGCGAGGAGGAAAACUUUCCUUCCAUUGACAGUUUAGAAAUCAGCAAGGAUAACUCUGUGAACUCAGCCCCCUCCCAAGGUGGGGCGGAAGAUGAAGACGAUAUCCCUGACAUGGCUGAUUUUGAAGAAGCUGACAACAUUGAAAUAGAUCCGGGAACAUAUCUUGUUGCUCAUGAACCUGAUGACGACAAUAUUUUACGGACCCGAACAUAUGAUGUCAGCAUUACGUAUGAUAAAUAUUACCAAACUCCUCGGGUGUGGCUUACUGGCUAUGAUGAGUCAAGGAUGCUUUUACAAGCAGAGCUUGUACUUGAAGAUGUCAGUCAAGAUCAUGCACGCAAAACUGUAACUAUUGAGGAUCAUCCUCACUUGCCCGGGAAGCAUGCAUCUGUCCAUCCCUGCCGACAUGGAGCUGUGAUGAAGAAAAUAAUUGAUGUACUAAUGUCACGUGGAGUGGAACCAGAAGUUGAUAAGUACCUUUUCUUGUUCUUGAAAUUCGUUGCCUCUGUGAUUCCAACCAUCGAAUAUGACUAUACAAUGGACUUUGAUCUGGGCAGUUCCAGCAGUUGAGCAUUGACAGAGAUUGUAAAUGCGAUUGGGGUGAUAUAGAUUGGAAUUGGAAGUAAAGUUUGCUGCUUUUGGCAUAUCCACGAAAUCUUCUCCCACUCAAAUUAUGCUUAAUUGCUUGUACAGAUGGCUAAAUUGUUUAGUUGUUGACGUGUUGCUGUACAAAAUUUCCCAUCUACUAUUUGAUAAGGUUGUGCCAAGUUAGUUUUAACUGUACUGAUUGCACAAACAGUAUAUAAUAUAACAUUCAUGAGUCUUGUUCCCCCAUUCAAGCAAUUGUGUUAGUACAAAGAUUCAUGCAAUUCCUCGUC